GUUCAGAAGGUUGUUUAUGUUUAUUAGUUUGUGGUAUAAUUUCUACAGAAACUGAUUCUUUUUGUGGUACUGAAAUUUCUUUAGACGAACUGCUUUGUAGUAAAAAAUUUGAUCAAACAAAGAAAUCC